AUGCAUUCUGUCCACAUGGGGGUCCAGUUGCCGUUGUUGUCGCAGCAGGGAAAACCCAAGGUUGGGGAAUCCUCUAUUAAAAGGAAAUGUGCCAUCUGUAAAAAACAACUAGCAGGACACUCCAAAAAGACACUCUGCCAAAAAUGUGCAGAUAAAGUAAUGUCAGAGGAAACACCCUCUCUAGUGGACAGUUUAAGAUCCAUUAUUAAAGAAGAAGUUUCCUCAGCCUUCGAAACCAGGAUAGCCUCCCUCCCUCAGGAUCCCUCCACUUCAAAAUCCAUUCCAGAGACUCCUCUAGAAUCUGAAUUUGAUUUGGAUGAAGGCAAAGUAUCCUCAGAUUCAUCUGACAAUAAUUCUGUGAGGCCCCUCUGUUCAGUUGAAGAUACUGACUCCUUAUUAAAGACUAUUAGAGCGGCCAUGAAUAUUGAGCAAAUUAAAGAACCUCAAUCCGUCCAAGAUCACAUGUUUAAGGGUCUGGCAGACAAAAAAAGACAAGUUUUUCUGGUACACGAAAAUAUAUAUUUUUUUAUUGCUAAUGAAUGGAAAGACCCGGAGAAAAGAUCAGGAGUCUCCAGGGUUUUUAAACGCAAGUACCCCUUCAGCGAAUCAGACUCCACUCACUGGGAUAAAACCCCAGUUGCCAUGAUUUCAAAAAAGUCCUCACUUCCCUUUGAAGAUGUGGGACUCUUAAGAGAGCCCAUGGACAAAAAAUGUACUUCCAUUCGGCAUCUCAUCCGCCUCUCGGGUAUUCACGAAAGUCAUGGUGGAAGUAUCGGCUUACGUCCAUCAGCAGAAGAUCCUGUUCAUCCCCUAUCUGGACGACUUCCUGAUAGCUGCUUAUUCUCCGGAAAACCUUCUCAGCGAUUUACAGAUGACUGUACCAGGAACUUAGAGGAACAUCUUGUAUCUUUGGAUUUUGAAGUAGAUGACUGUGGUAUCACACGAGAUACAUUUCAAGAGCAUGCCAAUAUCCAAGAUAUAUCUUUAUCCAAUCACAGCAACAAUGCAUCAUUUGAUUCUUUUAAACAGGUCCGAUCUUCUGAUUCAUCACAGACUGUAACACAGAAUAAAAGUCACAGAAGAAGUGCUAAACAUCCAACAGCACACGUAGAAGAAAAGCCAUUUUCAUGUUCAGAAUGUGGUAAAAGUUUCAACCAUAAAUCACCUCUUGUUAUACACAAGAGAACUCACACAGGGGAGAAGCCAUUUUCAUGUUCAGAAUGUGGGAAAUGUUUUACCAAUAAUUCAGAUCUUGUUACACAUCAGAGAAUUCACACAGGAGAGAAGCCAUUUUCAUGCUCAGAAUGUGGGAAAUGUUUUACCAAUAAUUCAGAUCUUGUUAAACAUCAGAGAAUUCACACAGGAGAGAAGCCAUUUUCAUGCUCAGAAUGUAGUAAGCGUUUUACUCGCAAAUCAUAUCUUGUUGUACAUCAGAGAAAUCACACAGAGGAGAGGCCAUUUUCAUGUUCAGAAUGUGGAAAAUGUUUUAAGCAGAAAUCAUAUCUUGUUAUACAUCAGAGAAUUCACACCGGGGAGGAGCCAUUUUCAUGUUCAGAAUGUGGGAAAUGUUUUAAGCAGAAAUCAUAUCUUGUUAUACAUCAGAGAAUUCACACCGGGGAGAAGCCAUUUUCAUGUUCAGAAUGUGGGAAAUGUUUUAAGCUGAAACGGGCUCUUGUUGUACAUCAGAGAAAUCACACCGGGGAGAAGCCAUUUUCAUGUUCAGAAUGUGGGAAAUGUUUUAGCAAUAAUCCAGAGCUUGUUGUACAUCAUAGAACUCACACAGGAGAGAAGCCAUUUUCAUGCUCAGAAUGUGGGAAAUGUUUUAAGCAUAAACAAGCUCUUGUUACGCAUCAGAGAAUUCACACAGGAGAGAAGCCAUAUCCAUGUUCAGAAUGCAGUGAAUGUUUUAAGCAGCUAUCAGCUCUUGUUUUCCAUCAGAAAGUUCACACAGGGGAGAAGCCAUUUUCAUGUUCAGAAUGUGGAAAAUGUUUUAAGCAUAAAUCAAAUCUUGAUAAACAUCAGAGAAAUCACACAGAGGAGAGGCCAUUUUCAUGUUCAGAAUGUGGAAAAUGUUUUAAGCAGAAAUCAACUCUCUUUUCACAUAAAAAAACUCACAGAGAAGAAAAGCCAUUUUCAUGCUCGGAAUGUGUAAAAUGUUUUAAUCAGAAAUCAGCUCUUGUUACACAUCAAAAAACUCACAGAGAGAAGCAAUCCCCAUACUUAGCCCUUUAG